UGCAUUACCAGUGGAAGAUGAUGAUGCAGCACGAUGCCUUGCUUAAACAACUCAAGGCUCCCUCAGAAAAACUUGUCUAUGACAUUCAUGCCUGUUCUAGUUACUCUUCUUCAUACAUACCCGUCAAUAUCCUGGUCAGCAAACCCCAAGACCAAUCUUCGCGAUGGUCUAGUGGAAGCAAUAACCAGAUGCAGUUCAUUACUCUAAAACUGAACUCCAUGGCUGUUGUCAAAACAAUCACGUUUGGAAAAUAUUGUAAAGUUCAUGUAUGCAAUCUUAAAGAGUUCAAGGUCUAUGGUGGUAUAACUCCAAACCACAUGCUCGAGUUGUUGCAUAGCGGACUCAGAAACGAUACUGAACAAGAGACAUUUGCUUUAAAACACUCUGCUAAUGGCGUUGUGUUCCCCUGUUUGUAUAUCAAGAUUGUUCCAUUGCUAGCUUGGGGUGCUAAUUUCAAUUUCAGCAUCUGGUAUACCGAGCUGCGUGGUAUUUCACAGCCAGAUAUUGUUGCUUCUACCUAUCAGCAAUACUCUAAUUAUCGAGAAACAGAAGUUAUCCGUCUUUGUCUCAAACACUUUCGACAGAGAAAUCACCAGGACUCUUUUCAAAAACUGCAAGAGCGUACAAACAUACGGCUUGAAGAUGUGUUGCUGACUGAUCUACACAAACACUUGGUUGUUAACGGCAAUUUUGACGAGGCUGAGGAGCUUCUUAUUCGCGCCGCAUCGCGCAACCUUUUUGAUGAUUAUAUCUCCUGCUGCACAUACAAACCAGUGUGGAAACUGAUUCUACCAGCUGACACCGACUCACCCGUGCCUUCUAAACGCGGCGGUCAUCAAAUGUGCAUUGACUCGAACGGAACAUUGUACUUGUUUGGUGGCUGGGAUGGUGCCCGUGAUCUAUCUGAUUUUUGGGCGUUUGAUGAGCCAACGAAGCAGUGGAAAUGUAUCAGCAUGGAUACUAGAAAACAAUCUGGUCCCGGUCCUCGCUCUUGCCACAAGAUAUGCUUUGACCCUCUUACUAUGGCCAUUUACAUUCUUGGAAAAUAUGUGGACCCGGAAAGUAGACCCAAUAUGCCGCUAGAGAGUGAUUUUUGGCGCUAUGACCUUUUGUCUUCCAAGUGGUCACGCAUCAGCAGCAACACCGCCCAGGAGGGCGGUCCAGAGCUCAUAUACGAUCACCAAAUGAUUGUCGAUUCUGAUCACCAAGUCCUUUAUGUUUUUGGCGGCCGAACUAUUGGACCAGAUGUCUCUCAAACUGUCUACUCGGGUCUCUAUUCUUAUUCUAUAAACACCAACCAAUGGCGUCUAAUCAGCACCGACAUUUCACAGCCAGAAAAUGCUAUCCAGCUCAAAUCCCGUAUUGGGCAUUCUAUGCUUCUUAACCCUCACACUCGCGAGUUGUAUAUCUUUGCGGGCCAGCGCAACAAGGAGUAUCUAUCUGAUUUUUAUGUAUAUGAAAUGGACACAGAUACAAUUCGUGAAGUAGCACGCGAUUACACCAAGUCGGGUGGUCCAGAUGCAGGAUUCACUCAGCGUGCGACAAUUGAUACAGACCUUGGUGAGUUUUAUGUUUUGAGCGGCUUGAUGAGAGAAAAGAAUUCAACCCAGGAGACAGUACGCAAUUCAUUUUGGGUAUACAGCAUUCAGAGGAAUGCGUGGUCUAGAGUGUAUCAGAAUGAGAAUAUUGGUGCCGAGUAUUGGGAGAGUAUGGGUGAUAAAGAGCCUCGUCCACGAUUUGCACAUCAGUUGGUAUAUAAUCCCAAGUUAAAGUGCCAAUAUCUUUUUGGGGGAAAUCCUGGGGAAAUUGGAAACCCCAAUCUGAGGCUAGACGAUUUGUGGGAACUUCGACUUAUUCGGCCCACAACAGAGGAUAUUCUUCGACGAGCACGGUUUCAUAUCCGACGACUUAGAUUUGCUGAAAUGUGUCAAGCACCUGGAUAUAAUCCAUUGACUGCGUUGCAAUAUCUUCAAUCUCAAGUAUCCCAAUUUGUAAAUCAUACAGACGAAGAGGAGUCAAAGUCAUUCAGAGAUAUCUCAUCGUGUUUGUUCCGCUGGUCGCCUGCCUGUCGGGGUUCUACAGCUACCAAUGCAGAUGGUGAAAGUUCUAGUAAUAUAUCACUGCCCCAAGUGAAUGAGUCAUAUUUAAUUCGUACGCAAAUAUAUGAAUCUCUUUUGGAGUAUUUUCCGGAUUAUAUGCGUGAGCCUAAAGAGAAUCUUGUGGAUCUGGUUCCUAUGAGUUGAUUUAUUACGUUAUAUUUGGACUACUUUGAUGCGAACUACUUGACGAGGUUAUUGUUCUCGACUAUUUCUCCCCUUGACGUUUUAUCUACUCGACUAAAUAAAAGCUAGAAGUCUUGUUAAAAUGC